CCCAUCGGAAGACGCAGACUUUGCCUUGAAACAAAUCAUGCUGGGUGUUGCCCAGGUCGACCCAUAUUUGUUCAGUAUUUUCAAAUCUGGACUAGCUGUAAAUUCCGCCUAUCGUGUGAACACUCAAAUGCUCUUCACGACUGAGCUGAUUCUGGGGUUGCGUGCUGAUCGGGCAAUAAAGUAUGGUGCCGUCAUUGUUACUGCUGGUCACGAGAUCUACCACUCGCUUCUGACGGACCCGGAAGAGCGUCUGGGGAUUACUGACGAGCGGGUGAAAGCGAACCGAGAAUGCUAUACCCAGCAUAUGUUACGGGCUCAGGAUUUAUACAAAGAGGAUGAGAACGACCACUACCUAAACUCCGGUGAAUCGACGAUGAGCGAAGAUCUGCCAGACUAUGAGGGCCUCCAAGCCGCUUAUGAACUCUUCCAGAAGACUGGAGGACUAGACGAAAUCCCUUAUCCUGAUCUGCCCCGCGUCACGCGCGACCAACUAUUUUUCUACGCCCAUGCUGCCAGCUAUUGCGAAAUCGGGCCCUCGCGAAACUCCGGCGACGGGUUACCAGACCCGCAUUCUUUGGGAUACCUUCGAACAAAUGCACCGCUGUCGCUGCUCAGCUCGUUUCAUAAAGCCUUCAAAUGCCCGGCAGAUAGUCGCAUGGGGCAACUUUAUCACGCCGCCCCCGUCGGCAGAUGCAACCAAAUCGGCGACCUGGGCCGCUUCAAUGCCAACGGAAAUCAU